GAUCAUCUAAAACAAAAUCGAAUAAUUAACUAAAUUAUUGUUUGUUCAGUUUCUAGAAAAGUAAAUCAAAACGGGGAACGAGAUGUCUAUGUCGGCGAUGGAAAAACAUUUAUUUAACCUUAAGUUUGCCGUCAAAGACCUGGAGCGGAACGCGAAAAAAUGCGAGAAGGAGGAAAAGACGGAAAUUCUUAAAACGAAAAAAGCCAUUCAGAAGGGUAACACGGAAGUGGCUAGAAUUCAUGCAGAAAAUGCUAUUCGACAGAAGAAUCAGUCGCUCAAUUAUCUCCGGAUGAGUGCCCGGGUGGACGCAGUGGCAAGCCGAGUGCAGACGGCCCUCACGACUCGCCAGGUCACAAACUCGAUGGCCGGUGUGGUGAAAGCCAUGGAUGCUGCGAUGAAGGGUAUGAAUCUGGAGAAAAUUUCCGGACUUAUGGAUAAGUUCGAAUCGCAGUUCGAGGAUCUAGACGUCCAGAGCUCGUACAUGGAAAAUACAAUGUCCCAGACGACGACUACGUCUGUGCCACAGAACGACGUCGAAUCACUUAUGCAGCGGGUUGCUGAUGAAGCCGGUUUGGAGUUAAAUAUGGAACUACCCAGUGGGCCAGCAUCCACCGCUAUUGGAGCAUCCACGCAGGCUUCGACCGAACAGGACGAACUUACGGCUCGUCUAGCUCGACUGAGACAGGCCGAAUAGAAACACGAAACAGGUAAAAUUUAUAGGAACACGUUUCAGAACACUACCUGUGUUUGAAAAAUAGGAUUAGCGUCUAGGUUUUUGCGUUGUGGAUUUCGUACGGAACAUUAUCAGGCUAAUAUAGUAAUUCAGUAAAUGGUUUUGUUAAGAUAUGUGAAUAAGCACAAUAAAAAAUAGAAUCCAUUCAGCAAAAAUCUGGUAGCUUAAAAGUUAAUCCUGUCUAUUGAAUAUGCGAAUUAUUCAUUAUUAA